UCACUUUCCUCGAAAAACCAUAACCUCUCGAGACCCUUGUGACACACGUGAGUUUCAAUGAUAACAAUUAGAAUAUAAAAAAAAUUAAACGAUGGUGAGGAGUAAUGCAGCGGACAAAUUGACCCAGAUAAACACAGCUCUGAACCGAUCCAUGGUGUUGAUGGAGGACACAGCCAGCAAUACGCCAAAACCAAAGGACAAACGGAGUCGUAAGUCAAUAACGAUAAACACAGGAGCAGUGAAAGCAACGAGUACUCCGCUCCAGGAGCAGAAUCCCAUUCGCAAAAGCAUCCUCAAGAGGCCUGAGAGGGAGAGAAGUGAUGAGAGCCCACCCACUGCCCAUUCAUUUUUAUCAACGGGGUGGCAGCCUGAGCAGCAAGCAAAUGACUCCAUGAAGGUCGUGGACAGGCCCCACAAUCUCCAGGAGUUUGUGGCGAUGGAGGAGGUGACGGUGGAUUCGUCCAGGCAUACCUACACACUUCAGGAUGUGGACCCCGAGGACGAGCUCUGGAUUAUCGAGAUCCCGAAGUCGGUGGAUCCUCGGGAGCUGAGGGGACAGGUCUUGCGCCUGGGGGACAAGACCAAGUUGAAGAUUGGAGAGGAGAAGUACCAAGUGACCAGUCACGACUCUUCUGAUUGCCUGAGCUGUGUCUUCGGGACGGGGAAGGAAGAGAAACCCUUCAAAAUUGUUAAUAUCAAGCCUUCGGGGAGUAUAACUAUGAGGAGGAGACUCACAGCGGUUGCCAAGGCCUCUCUGAAAGUCGAGGGGGAGAGUACCACUGUCCCUUUUCCCACGGGACUAAAACCACGAGAUCCACUUGCUGGGGUUUUGACGAAGGGCAUGAUUAAGAAGAAGUCCAAGUCGAGGGUGAAAAAAAUUAAAGUGGCUGAUUGACGAUUCCAGACUUUGAAGAAUUGAUUUGUGAAGAUUAGUGAAGGUUAAUAAAUUUUUCAGUGAAAAAUUUGUGAGUUUUUUUUUACAUAACGCAGUUCAGGUGUGAGGAGGUACUCGAAUUUUCUUGUGCUGAUGCGAUGAUUAUUUAUAAGUCAUAACAUGAUAAUUAAUGAAUUUUAAUGAUCACUAUAAUUAUUUUUUUUCUUUAUUAUUUUAUGGAUGACGACUGUAAUUAAAAAAAAAUUAAAUUCUCAAUAAUUUUUGACGUGUCUCUAAAAAAUGAACUUCUUCCAAAAAGGUUUUGUAAAUCUUCCCUAAAUGGAAAAUUGAGUUAAAUCUUCAUGGAAUAAAAUGUUAAAUAUUUUA